GUUCCUGUAUUCAAAACCAGCUCUGUACCCUUAGUACAUUUGCAAUGCAAAACUAUAAAUGUCUUAAUCUAAUUCAAAACGUUAGAGUUUUGUUCUUGUUUCCUAAUAGAAAUGCCUGGAUUUCAUUUAAUUUCUGUCAUACUGUUUUUCUUCCUUCUUGAAAAUCACUUCAUGUUAUCAUGUUGUGCUCCAUUGAGCUAUUCUGUGUUAUGUUACAAUGCCAUUUCCUUCUUAUGGUGUAGCUGGUUUAAAGUGAAAAGAAAAUACUCGAGUGUCUGAUAAAUUGAACUUAAGUCCACUGCUUGAUUAAAUGCGCAGGCAACACGAUGAUCCAACAGACUGAAGUCAAGAAUCGCAUGCCUCACAUCAGUUGUUCGUUAACUAUCAAUUUACCAUCCUGUCACUGAUAUUCCGGUGUUCUCUAGCUGUAAUAUAAUAAAAGUGAGUUCUCCUGCUAUUUGAAGGCAGAAGAUGAAUCAGCCAGCAGUCUUGGAAAGCAUCCUCUAAACACGUCCAGAGACGCAACGUAUACACAUAUAUAUGGAGAGCCACAUAUUAUGAAACCAAGCUCGGCCACAGCCCUGAUAGGCUACUUUGUUGCUGUGAACGCUAAACACCGCUAAGCACACGCUAAUCCUGGCCGGUCCUUAAUCUCCUGCAGACAGCACAGCACUGGCUGCACGACCGUGCCAAAGAGACCCUUUACGCGCAAUCAUCGCUGUAAUCUCGCUGUCUGCGUAAAGGCGCUGCACUCCUGGCUGACCUAACUGUCUCCGGCUCUCCUCUCGGUGGGCUCUGUGAUACUUCGUGGUGUUUGUGCCAUCUAGGGUUAUCCGCCGCUCCAUUGCAGUCUUUCUGGCGCAGGGUGUUCGCGCCUCUCCAUCUGCUCGCUCUUGGACAGCGGUAUAACUCCCGAACCACUGAAAACAAAACCUAACUUUUAUUUUUUAUUUUCUUCGGAUGCACCACCGCCUCCUUUUCGGCGCUGAUUUGGAUACGCGUCCAGGAGUCACCGAGAAGCAAACAUUUACAAGGACAUGGACACACGAAACUACGGCACCGCGGGGAGAAAACAGGAAAAAAAGACACCAGUCUGUGCCGCGUAACUACACUCUCGCAUGGAAAUAUACAGACGAGCCCGCACGGCAGCGAGCUAGUUAUUUUUACUUGAAGGGAAACUACAAAAAUGCUGUGAAGCUCGGUGUCGCAGCUUGGCUCCCGGCAAAAGCGCAGGUUCUCCACAGCUUCUGCUGGUAAAUAAAAAAAAAAAAAAAAUUGUCAAGAGCGAAAGAAGAAGCGAUAUGCGGCUGGACAGGCAGUUGGUUUUGCACUUCGUCUUCUGGAAUUAGUGGAAGAAUGGGAAGGGAGCGGCUGUAGCCUCGAUCCAAGGGGGGAAACAGAAUAUAUUGUAUAAAGCCUGCGGUGGCACACAAUGGAUAGUUAUCCGACGGUACAGACGGAAUAGUGAACGGAUGAGGCGGACGACUUCUUCCUCGGCACACACGCAGACCUCACCUUGCGACGCUCAUCUGUGGGAGGGAAGAAAAAAAGGAAAGAAGCACUUGUGAUUGUUUGUUACCCGCAGGAGGAAUUCAAGGUGAACAGAGACAAAUGUGACACAGAACGACAAGGAAGAGGUGUUGUGCAAAUCUGACCCCACUUUCUUGACGUGAAUCAAUAUGUGUUUGGAUACCUGACCUGACCAACCUACUGCUACUGCUGCUUGUUCAUCUUGCUGUCUGAAAGUGAGGUUUCUGAGUGUGGCCUUGAGGUAUUUCUGAGGGACCAUAUGGCACAGUACCACACAGCAUAGGUUCCCUUUGUAUGAACUAACAUGGACAAAGUGGUCAUCAGCCUCCUACUUCUGGGAACUGCAGUAACGAUGGUCCAUGCAUGUCCCAAAUACUGUGUCUGCCAGAACCUGUCAGAGUCACUGGGGACUCUGUGCCCCUCCAAAGGCCUGCUCUUCGUGCCACCGGACAUCGACCGGCGAACUGUCGAGCUCCGAUUGGGUGGGAACUUUAUCCUCAAGAUCACCACUCAGGACUUUGCGAACAUGACAGGUCUGGUGGAUCUCACUUUGUCCCGCAACACCAUAAGCGGCAUCCAGCCGUUCUCUUUCAUUGACCUAGAGACCUUGAGAUCCCUGCACCUGGAUACUAACCGUUUGACUGAACUAGGACCUGAUGACCUCAGAGGACUGAUCAACCUGCAGCACCUGAUCCUCAACAAUAAUCAGUUGAGCAGUAUCUCUGAUUCAGCCUUUGAUGACUUGUUACUGACACUGGAGGAUCUGGAUUUAUCAUAUAACAACUUGCGUGGUGUGCCUUGGGAAGCCAUACGGAAGAUGGUCAACCUCCAUCAGAUGAGUCUGGAUCAUAACCUCAUCGCCUUCAUUGCUGAGGGGACUUUUACGGAUCUGGAAAAAUUGGCUCGCUUAGACCUCACCUCCAAUCGUCUCCAGAAGCUCCCUCCAGACCCCAUCUUUGCACGCUCCCAGAGCAGUGUGAUAAUGAGCACCCCUUACGCCCCUCCACUGUCUCUAAGCUUCGGUGGAAACCCGUUGCACUGUAACUGUGAAGUGCUUUGGUUACGAAGGCUGGAACGUGAGGAUGACAUGGAGACCUGCGCGUCUCCAACCAGUCUAAAGGGACGCUACUUUUGGUCGGUUCGUGAGGAGGAGUUCGUCUGUGAGCCGCCUUUGAUAACGCAACAUACACAUAAGUUGCUAGUGCUGGAGGGCCAAACAGCUAGCUUGCGAUGCAAAGCUGUUGGUGAUCCAAUGCCAACUGUACAUUGGGUCGCUCCGGAUGACCGUUUGAUCAGCAACUCCUCUCGAGCGACUGUAUACGAAAACGGCACCCUGGACAUAACCAUCACCACCUCCAAGGACUAUGGUACCUUUACGUGCAUAGCUGCUAAUGCUGCUGGGGAAUCUACAGCCUCCAUUGAGCUAUCAAUCAUUCAACUCCCCCAUCUGAGUAAUGGUACAAAUCGUACCACCCAGCCAAAGUCUGGACUUUCAGACAUAACAAGCUCUACCAAGAUCAGUAAAGGGGAGCCCAAACCACCACCAGAGAAGGUGGUGUCUGUAUCUGAAGUGACUUCUGUCUCUGCUCUUAUCAAGUGGACUGUUAGCAAAUCAGCUCCAAAGGUUAAAAUGUAUCAGCUUCAGUACAAUUGCUCAGAGGAUGAAGUCCUUAUUUACAGGAUGAUUCCCAUGACUAACAGGGCCUUCGUGGUCACAAACCUUGUCCCAGGGAUGCAGUAUGACCUGUGUGUUUUGGCCAUCUGGGAUGACACUGCCACCACCCUCACUGCCACCAACAUUGUCGGGUGUGUCCAGUUCAUCACCAGCGAGGACUACCCACAGUGCCAGUCGCUUCACAGCGGCUUCAUGGGUGGCACCAUGAUCUUGGUCAUUGGUGGCAUCAUCGUGGCCACGUUGCUGGUGUUCAUCAUCAUCCUCAUGGUCCGCUAUAAGGUGACCAGUGGGAUUCAGACCAAUAAAUUGCCCGCCGUGAGUAACACCUACUCUCAGACCAAUGGUGGACUCAACAGAUUCAACGGCGCCCCUCCGCAAGUCAAGUCCACGGUGGUUGUCAUGCGAGAAGAGAUGGUAGAGUUCAAAUGUGGAUCCCUCCAGAGCAGUCUCUCUUCUUCAUCCUCUUCAUCUAACUCCCUGGACAGUCAAACUGGAAGAGGUGCUGGUGCUGGAGACCGCUACAGCGUGCAGGACAGUGAAUGCAGCACCAUGCCAAGCAGCAAGUUCAGGAGGCAUGGGCAUGGUGCCAAAGCACGGCCAAACCUGGACCACCUUUUAGGGGCCUUCACCUCACUGGAGCUGCGAGGGGUGGGGAGGGACCACCAAGGGACUUCAACCCCCAGCACCACUUCCACUGGUAUGAAGACAGUGGCUGUGGCACCACCCACUGAUAAAGAACCACUGCUCGGGAGGGCCGAGUCCACAACCAUGCUGGGACGCAUCCUGGGGCUACCACAAGAGAGUAAGCCCAAGAGGAGCCACUCGUUUGACAUGGGUCAUGUAGGGGCUGCACAGAGCCGCAGCAACUAUCCUCGCAGGAUCAGUAACAUCUGGACUAAGCGCAGCCUGUCCGUCAACGGCAUGCUGCUGCAGUACGAUGACAGUGAGGAUGAGAAGCCCACUUUUGAGAGCUCCGAAUGGGUGAUGGAGAGCACAGUUUGAGUUGGGGUCGUGUGAGAGAUUCAUGGCAAAACAAUAAAUCUAUAUGAGAAACUAAAGGGGCUUGAAUGUAGAGGGAGUGCUGUUCCAAAGGGAAGCUGCCUUUGGGUACUGCAUGAAUUUCACCCAUGUGAAUACUGUUAAAAGUGAUCAUGUGAGAAAAGACCCUCAAAUCAAUGGAUUCCUGGCCAUGAUUUCUCUGAACUCUGACAGUGUUGACUGUAUUUCAGAAAUGUUCCAUUUUGAAACAACUUGACCCAUAUGGGAAAAAAAACUCCCAAUCCACAGGAUACAUGGAAGUAUCUCUGAGAAAAAAUGGGAAAGAAAGGUAAGGAAUUCAAAGUGGAUUUACUAUCAUCAAAAGGACCAAAUGCCAAGAGGAUUUGCCUCAGCUUUGGUGAACUGGAUCACAAUGUCGUGGACCCUCGGCAUGAAAUGGGACAACUGCAAAAGUAGAAAGAAGGACCAGAAGACCUAGUAGAAAAUUAAGAAAGUCAUUUUUACUUUCAUCUGUUUUUUUUCUAUCAUUUUUACUAUUUAUUAUUUAAAAGUGAUUCAUCAGCAGGCGCAGCUCUGGAAUGAGGUUGUAGUCAUCGACAACGGUCAAAAACACACAAGGGAAGCUACCACCUCUAAUACAUCCAUCUCAUGUGCUUUCAGUCAUAUUUCUUUCAAUCCCAAAUCAACGACAUGCUUAAUUUACAGAAGUAGUCCUAUGGUCUAGUUAUCAGUGAACCACAACAAGCCAGUCUGAUACUUCUACCUCAGGUUAAUGUAUCAUAUGAGGUUAUUUAUAUAUGAAAGCAAAUGGAAAUAUAAUAAAUGUUCAAGCUCCAAACGCAAAGUUCUUUGCUUGUUGGCAAAUGCUUCAAAGCCGGUACGUUUCCAGCUCAGGUUACAAUCCUGCUCUGACAAAAUGUCCUUGAGAAUGCUUUGAUUCUCUCCCCAUUGGUUAGCGCUGGUGACAGUGGUCCCCAUAGGCGAAAGGGCCGGUAAUGUCAACAGAGUGUUCCCCUCAGGGUACGGUUUCAGAUGCCAUCAGGAGAUGUUACAGUAGACUAAAUGGUGUUUAAAAUCCAUCAAGCCCACUUAAUCAUUUGCUCAAAGCACAGCAGGGUGUGUCUUUGGGCUGUGAUACUGUUCAGGCUGCACGAACAAUACGACAUUUGCACAUUUACCCCACUUAAACGGAGAAAUUUGUUAUUUAUUAUAUUAGCCUGGCAAAUGUCAUCACACUGCUUAAGAGCUGACUUUACACUGGGAGAGAAAAAAAAAAAAGGAAAAAUAGGAAGUAAUUAUGGGCCAGCAGCCAUUUCACCACAUUGCAUGAUACAGGACCUUUUGUUGGUUUAUGUAUUAUUCAAAACAAAUUUAUCUGAGAACCAUUUUAUUCUUUAGUUCUCUCUCAUACAGGGCUGUACAUUGCAGUAAGAUAUGUUGAACUAGUCACUACUUCAAUUACUGCCUACGGUCGACUGCAACAUCCCUACAUUUCAAUGCCUUUCUUGAUAUUCUGUGAGUCUCUGCUGCAUUUCAAGAUGUCGAAUGGUCAUCUAUUUUUACUAUUGUUUUCUUCCCUGCAGUAGGUGUACUGUUAUGUAUAUUGGCAUUUUUUUUUGUACAAUAACUGGGUGAGAAUGUAAAGGGGGGAAAAUUGUGCAGUAGUACUUUUAUUUUCAUGUGAAGCAAACAGUGAGAAGGUGCUUUACUGUUGUGUACCAACUUGGUCAUUGUUAGUUGGCUUACUGAAAUGGGAUUAUAUGUGUUACUGAAGGGAAGUGGAGGACUGGUUUUUCUUAAAGGGUUGGGUCACCCGAAUGACUAAAACAGAUAUUUUCUAACCCACCUUUAAUGGUGUUUCUUCAUGUAGACAGUCUUGGUUUUAUUUGUCCUCUUUGCAAAUGACUGGAGAGCACAGACUCAGACUAAUGGACUAUUAUCCUACUGUCACUUUUCAUAGAAUGAAACCCAAACUAAUCAGCCCAGAAGUCACUAAUUACAGUCAUUUGUUUAAGGUAGUCGACAAAAAUGCCACUUUUGUUGACAUCCCGUUAUCCAGGUCUGCUCUUAAAUGAUCUGAUUUAUGAAUGGCACCAAAAAGAAAAUAUUAAUCAUCAGCAACCUCACAUGUAUCUGGACGCCCUGAGGACGGUGCGACACGCAUGACAAGAGUCUGGAUAUUAGAGCAUUACCCACUGUAAUUCUGAUAUUCUUGGAGACAGUUAUUAUAAUUAAAAAUAUAUAUAUUUCUAACCCAGUACACUCUUGGCUAAAACAUUAGUUUGUGACAGUUUGAUACCAGAAUACUGCCAACAAAGACAAAUAAUAAGUUAAAAGAAUACGUACAGCUGCAGCUACAGCAGAUACACAAUAAUACAAUAAUAAUAAUUACAGCGUGCUGUAUAAAUCCACAGACAGGGCCACAAACAAGAUAAAUGUGUUUUAUUUCAGGGUAAUUCUUUCUAAUAAGAAAAAAUCAUAAUAAACAGUUUCUUGUUAGAAGACAGUGAUGUCACUAUAUAAACUUCCUCAGUGUCAUUGUCCAUGUUUAGGAUCUCAUUUUGACUUAAUUCAUAACUUAUAUCAAUUCAGAACUAGGACCACUCAAGUUUCUUUCACUCUCUUUCCACUUGAAAGUGGAAAGAAAGAUGAGUGUCCUUUAAAGUUUGAACUGAACAGUUCCUCCAACAUUUCCUCUGGAAAUUGACAACUUUUUCACAAACUCACCACUUGAACUCCAAAAUAUACAAUAAAAUAGUUUGUUUUGUGCCUGUUCCUGGCAGCUGAUUACACAUUCGUCAAAGGAAACGCUCUAAGAAAAUGUUUCACUCCAAGGCUUUAUCCUUUCAACACACUGUCCUGCACAAUCUCACUUCUCCAAAACCAAAACCAGCUGCCUGACCUGACUCCAGAAGAGGCUCAUGGGUAAAUAUCUGGUUCAGUCAUCAGUUUAAAGCGGCCCUUUGACUUGCUGUCUCUACUCGUGACAUCAUGUAACAUCCCCGUACACUCUGCUAACUAAGAAUAUAAAUUUACGUGUGUACGUGACUCGACGUAGUCAUGAUCCUCACAAAAACAAGACAAAAAAAAAAUAAUGUUUCUGUGUUAAAAGAUUUUGCUACAAAAUGAUAUAAAAUAUUGAUGAAUUCCU